CCUCUUCAUCGAUGCAGCAGAAGGAGUGAUGCUGAACACGGAGCGUCUGAUCAAGCAUGCGGUGCAGGAGCGCAUGGCCAUCACCAUCUGCAUCAACAAGGUGGACCGACUCAUCGUUGAGCUCAAAUUGCCUCCAACAGAUGCUUAUUAUAAACUUCGCCACAUUGUGGAUGAGGUCAACGGUUUGCUCAGCACGUAUUCCACGGAUGAGAACUUGGUGGUGUCUCCUCUCCUUGGAAACGUGUGCUUUGCCAGCUCUCAGUACAGCAUCUGUUUCACGCUGGGGUCGUUUGCAAAGAUCUACUCGGACACCUACGGGGACAUCAACUACAACGAGUUUGCCAAGCGGCUCUGGGGAGACAUUUACUUCAACCCCAAAACUCGCAAGUUCACAAAGAAAGCUCCCAGCAGCAACUCUCAGCGCAGCUUUGUGGAGUUUGUCCUGGAGCCUCUUUACAAGAUCCUCUCACAGGUGGUCGGAGACGUGGACACCUCUCUCCCUCGAGUUCUGGAUGAGCUUGGGAUCCACCUGACCAAAGAGGAGCUGAAACUGAACAUCAGGCCUCUGCUUCGGCUGGUCUGUAACCGAUUCUUCGGAGAGUUCACCGGGCUCGUGGACAUGUGUGUGCAGCACAUCCCCUCACCACAAGAGGGCGCUAAGACCAAGAUAGAGCACACCUACACUGGAGGUCUGGACUCAGAUUUGGGGGAGGCCAUGGCGGAGUGCGACCCUGAUGGUCCGUUGAUGUGUCACACCACCAAGAUGUAUAGCACAGAGGACGGGGUCCAGUUCCAUGCCUUUGGCAGGGUGCUGAGUGGUACCAUCCAGGCGGGCCAGCCAGUGAAGGUGCUGGGAGAGAACUACACGCUGGAGGACGAGGAGGACUCUCAGAUCUGCACCGUGGGUCGUCUCUGGAUCUCGGUUGCCAGAUACCAGAUUGAAGUGAAUCGAGUCCCUGCGGGGAACUGGGUGCUGAUAGAGGGUUGUGACCAGCCCAUCGUGAAGACCGCCACAAUCACAGAGCCCAGAGGCAACGAAGAGGCUCAGAUUUUCAGGCCUCUGAAGUUUAACACGGCGUCAGUUAUUAAAAUCGCGGUGGAGCCCGUAAACCCGUCGGAGCUGCCGAAAAUGUUGGACGGCCUGAGGAAGGUCAACAAGAGCUACCCGUCUCUCACCACAAAGGUGGAGGAGUCUGGAGAACACGUCAUCCUGGGAACAGGAGAGCUCUACCUGGAUUGUGUCAUGCAUGAUCUGAGAAAAAUGUACUCUGAAAUUGACAUUAAAGUUGCCGACCCGGUUGUGACUUUCUGUGAAACGGUGGUGGAGACUUCAUCGCUGAAGUGCUUCGCUGAGACGCCCAACAAAAAGAACAAGAUAACCAUGAUCGCCGAACCCCUGGAGAAGGGACUGGCUGAGGACAUCGAGAACGAAGUGGUGCAGAUCACAUGGAACAGGAAGAAGCUGGGAGAGUUUUUCCAGACGAAGUAUGACUGGGAUCUGCUGGCUGCCAGAUCUAUCUGGGCGUUUGGACCAGACACGACCGGGCCAAACAUCCUAGUAGACGACACGCUACCUUCAGAGGUGGACAAGGCGCUGCUGGGGUCUGUUAAAGACAGCAUCGUUCAGGGCUUCCAGUGGGGCACCAGGGAGGGGCCUCUUUGUGACGAACCCAUUAGAAAUGUGAAGUUUAAGAUCUUGGAUGCUGUGAUCGCUCAGGAGCCUCUCCACAGAGGAGGAGGUCAGGUUAUCCCUACGGCCAGGAGGGUUGUUUACUCUGCUUUCCUCAUGGCCACGCCGAGGCUGAUGGAGCCGUAUUAUUUCGUAGAGGUCCAGGCUCCGGCUGAUUGUGUGUCAGCGGUCUACACGGUGCUGGCUCGGAGGAGAGGUCACGUCACCCAGGAUGCACCUAUUCCCGGCUCUCCACUCUACACAAUCAAAGCUUUUAUCCCAGCCAUCGACUCUUUUGGCUUUGAGACUGACCUUCGUACGCACACUCAGGGUCAGGCCUUUGCUCUGUCUGUCUUCCACCACUGGCAGAUUGUGCCUGGUGACCCCCUGGACAAGAGCAUUGUGAUCCGGCCUCUUGAGCCCCAGCCCGCCCCUCACCUGGCCAGAGAGUUCAUGAUCAAGACCAGAAGGCGCAAGGGUCUGAGCGAAGACGUGAGCAUCAGCAAGUUCUUCGACGAUCCUAUGUUGUUGGAGCUGGCGAAACAAGAUGUGGUGCUAAAUUAUCCCAUGUGAGACGACCACUUCUUCCACUGGACAUCCAAAAGGAAAUGACAGUUUUUCUUUCCAAGAGCCAUUUGUCCCGUUUCUUGAAACAAACCAUGAAACUCUAUAGGAUUUGGUUUAAAAUUUAGCCUCUUGAAUUCCAGAAGAACUAUCAAACGUGACCUUGUUUCCUUUUUAUUUCUUGUAUUUUCAUUUUUUUAUAUGUGCAAAUGUCAUUUUUGUAGUAUAAAAUAGCCUUGAAUAAAAAAUAAAACCUU